GCUCGGGCCGCCCCGCCCCCAGGCCUCGCGCCUCGCGCCUCCCGCCCGGCCGCGGCCCGCCCCCUGAGGCCCAGCCCAUUGGCCCGCGCGCCCGGGGAGGCGGGGCUCCGGCGGCCAGCCGCAGGUUGGGGCGGCUGCCGGCUCAGGCGCGCGGGGCGCGGGCUGUCAGCUGCGCCCCAGCCGGCAGGCUGUCCCCAACAUGGCAGGUCGUGUUAGCCACCCUGUUGGGUUUGUGGCACAACAGGCGAACCUCAGGCACAAGUCACCUGAAGAGUAGAUCUGGUUAAAUGGAGCUUAUCAGAUGAUCAAUCUACAUUUCUUUUAAGAACUGGACUAUAGACAGCAUAGAACUGUGAUCCUUGAGAUAUGGGGUCCCAAACAAAUGACGUAGGCCUUCAACUGCUGCAACUUUCUGCCUGGAGACACAUUCUAGACCAUGGCACAGGAAAUGGAAAGACAAGCAGAGCCAACUGGGGCAGCUGGAAUCUUUAGGACAGAGUACCAAAGAGGAAGGAGACUGAAAUUUCAGCAAAUGCCAUCAAACUGCCAAAAAGAUCCCAAGUGUCGAAGACGAACGUGAAGUCCCAGUGAAGUCCCAACCAAGUAAGGGUAAAGGAACUCCUGAAUUGCGCACGGAAGCGAUGAGGGCGUGUGGCCAGAAAAGGGAGAGGGGCUGCAGGACGCUCAGGGGCACCAGAAAUGGGAUGGAAGCCCGGCGAGCCUCUCCCCCGCGGCCGUGCGGCGUCGCCUAAUUCAAGACACCCAUCCGGGGUCCGGAGUGCCCGCGCAACGACUGCUCGCGCCCUUCCCGGUUCCUCCGCUCCCGCCGCGCCCCGCUCGCCCCGUCGGACCCCUCCGGGAGGACAGGAGCACGGAGGACACGCGCCCGGCCUCCCGCGCAGCCCUCAGCCGCCUCAGCUCGGGGGCCGCCGCGUGGGCCGCUCACACCCUGGACCGCAACUGGCCGGCAGCACCGCCGACGACCCCAGCCCGGAGCCCUGGCCGCCGCGGCCGGAGCGAGCGCCGCCGCCCCACACUCACCGCGGCGCUCCAUCCCGCGUCCUGGACGCGGACGCCCGCCCAGCACUCACGGCCGCCGCCGCCUCCGCCGAGGGCUGGAGCUCGCCGCCCCCAUCCCCCACGGCCCGCGGACGCCCGGCCAAGCCGCCGCCGCCGCCGCCGCCGCCGCCCCAGCAGCUACGGCCACCACCGCGCCGCUCGGGCCGCCCCGCCCCCAGGCCUCGCGCCUCGCGCCUCCCGCCCGGCCGCGGCCCGCCCCCUGAGGCCCAGCCCAUUGGCCCGCGCGCCCGGGGAGGCGGGGCUCCGGCGGCCAGCCGCAGGUUGGGGCGGCUGCCGGCUCAGGCGCGCGGGGCGCGGGCUGUCAGCUGCGCCCCAGCCGGCAGGCUGUCCCCAACAUGGCAGGUCGUGUUAGCCACUCUGUGCGGCUUGUGGCACAACAGGCGAACCUUAGGCACAAGUCACCUUUUGCAUCCUCCCGCAGGUAGCUGGUCCUCUGUUCUUGUUUAAGUGGACAUUCCUUUGGUGGGCACUGAGCACUGAAUUUCUCCCAGUCGGGAAUCUGGUCUUAACUUGCUUUGUCCGCCUUCUUCCCACACCCUUCUUCUCUCCUUCUGAACAAAAAUACAUUUUGUGCUCAAUUUUAAAACUGCCCCCACGCUCUUCUAUCUUCGACUGAUUGUCAUUGUCAGAAAACAAACUACUCAAAACAUGAAAAUUUAUAUAUAGUACCUCUCUAUAUAGAGAAGUAUAUAGUACUUCUAUAUAUAUAGAAGUUGCUCAAUAAAUACUAGUUGAGUGCAUAUCCCCCUGAUUAUGUUCCUUGCUUCUUACCAUUAGAUGCGCCCUGAGUGAUGGGACUCAUCAAUGCUGUAAGGGAAACGAACAACCAAAAUUAAAGCCUUUAUCAUGAUGUUGGAUCACACAUCAUAUAUGAAAAAAAGUACAGAGUUUCUAUUUAAUAGAGUAUAAAUGAGUAACACUUAACAUCUUACAGGGAAUAUCCUUCCUAUCAUCUAUACUGAGACAUAACAGGCACCUGAUGAAUACUAGCUAAGUAAGUGGGCAAAAUUAUAGGAAGGGACUUUAAAAAAAAAUCCCUCAAUCUCAUACUCCCUUAAAUCUUUCUCAAAAUAUAUUAAAUACCUGCCAUAGUCUCCACUUUUCCUCAUUCGUCUGGAGAAAUAGGAUAUUUGAAAGCAUUCUCAGAGAAAGAUGGUAAUUCAUUUCAGCAAUAAGUACAAUUUUUAACUAAGAAAGAAUGAACAUCAAAAAUCUGUGCCCUGGGACAGACAGCUAUGGGUUUGGUAAAUAAAGAAGGAAUAAAUGGCAAGCCCUCCACCAAAUCCUAUAGCAGUGUCCCAGUACAUGGCCUUGUAAGCUGAGUUGUUUUUUACCUAUAAAUGUUUCUUGGUUAAAGAAGUGGUACAGAAUCACAGCUUUGGAGCAUGAGGAAUCACAGACAAACAAAAAGUCAGAGACAUAUUGGAUGCUGAAUUAAUAAUGAAGCUUUUUCACAGAUGUAUUUCUAUUUCAUAAUUAUAAUAUCUGUUAAUAACACAUAACCACUCUGUCCAUUUAAAUGUUCUUCGUUCUUUCCAUGAUAAAGAGAAUACCACUUCUGUUCGCAAGCUUUCCUGUUCUCCCCGAAAAUCAAUCAUCCAAUUUGACAUUACAUGAUACAUAGAAUCCUAUUUUUUGUGCCACUUAUGAUUCUCAUGAACUAUGUGAUUGUUUAUUUGUAGUUAUUAGCGUAUGAAGGCCUACAGUACUAUGUUACUUGGCCUAUGUCGAAUGACCAGUUAGCCCAGGAAUGAAAAUCCUUCCAGGAUGCUUUUUCCUUUUUUUUUUCCCCAUAAGCUCUGCUCAACCUGUUGGAACUAGUGAAACCGAGUGCAAUGGCCACUAAACACAAAAGCUAUUCCAGGUACCCUUUGCCCUGACUUGAAGGGCCUGAUAAUGAAGGUGGAUAUUCCAUGUGGCCAGUGGAGAUGAGAGUCCAGCUCCCACAGAAGAGUACAAUAAAUAGGUGCUAUACUUCUUGGUCAUGCUUCAGUGACGGUCUGUUUAGGAGAGUGCAACAUGGUCCACCAGACCUCUCCCAUGUUUAUUUAUUCCACAAAUACUUAGUACGUCCGAUAUGCCAGGCAUUGUUCUAAGCACAGGGAUUAUAUUAAUGAACUUUAAAUCCACUUCCAGACUCCCCUCAGCCAUGAUUAAAUGCCUGGAAGAAGAAAAGAAAUCAUGGAAGCUGGUAGCGGUGGCCCAAAGGCAGGUAUAUUCCUCUUCUUUGCUAUUGUCCUUGACCCUCGCUGCAGGAGCAUUUAGAAAGAACCACAGAGAGCCUGACAAGACAUAAUGAGUACAAAGGCUCCAGAUUCCAAAGUGUACAAAACUCACCAAGCAGGUUAUUAAUCUUGAUUCCAUGAUGGUUGUAAUUGAGAAACAAGGAAUCAAUUCAGACCACAUGCUGGAAAUGAAUGUGAAAGAGAUUGCAAACAUCCAAGAAUUCUGUGUUGUCACAAGGAGAGGAAACUAAGAUUGACUGAAAGAAAGAAAGAAAGAAAGAAAGAAAGAAAGAAAGAAAGAAAGAAAGAAAGAAAGAAAAACUCGAGUAUACAGAUAUAUCAUAUUCAUUUUAUGUCUAAAUUAACAUAUUAAAUUUCAAACCCCAGUUCUUUUUCAUGUUAAGUUCUCUGUAAGACAUUUGAUGACAUGAACCUCUGUGCUUGAGUCACCACAUACCAUGACCCUAGCUAAUGUCCUAAGAACAUGUAUGAAGAAACUCCCAAUAAUUCAUGUUGGCACAAAACAAUACUAUUGGUCUCAAAAAUUGAAUUAUUGACAUUAUUGUAAAUAAAGAGAUGAUGAUAAUGA